UUGAACAAAUAUUAAUAUUGUAGCAGAUAGAUUGUUUUUGUUUUGAAAAGUUUCUAUUUUUCUUUUAAUUUAAUAAAUAUUUUUUUGAUUUCAUAUCAGUGAAUAUAAAAUAUUAAAUUUUAAAAUAAAUUAUGUCUUUAAGAAUUAAUAUACCUGAUUGUAAUAGUAGUCAUUUACAAAAACUUGCACCAUCAAAAUGGAAAGAGUUACGUGAUUAUUAUUUAAGAGAUUGGCCAUAUAAUAUGGUUGGUUAUUAUACAUUAGAUAAUUUCAUAAGGUGGAUUCGUAUUGAACCUGACAUUAAAAAUGUAGCCAUAUACGUAUUAAGAUCGAAUAAUAGAGAUCCUCAUGCAAUGAUAAAUGCUACUUUUUUAAUAGUGGAUCGAUAUCAAUUAUUUUUCAAUACACUUUACAACACUAAUACAAAUUCUUUGCGAAGAGCAUUAUCAUUAUUGGAUUGGAGUCCUGGAUAUAAAGUUAGCACUUUUUUGGAUAGGCAUAAGGAAAUUGUUUUAGAUAUAAUAAAUGAGAAGGGAUUAACUUUAGAGUGGGGUAAUAGUGCAACACCAAUGGGAUAUUUUGAAAGACAAAAUGCUGCAGAUUUAGAAUUAAAUUGUCCUGAUGAUAUCGAUUUGAGACCAUUAUCAGAAAAAGAUUGUGAAAUUGCUGAUGCUUUGUGGCCAAAUCGACAUUAUGGUUCAUUAUUUUUAUUAAAACGUUUAGCCAAAUUAAAUCCUAGUAUUGGAGCAUUUAAAAGAGAUACAAAUGAAUUAGUUGCAUGGUGUUUUCAAUUACAAGCAGGUCCCUUAGGAGCUUUACAAGUUAAAGAGGAACAUAAAAGAAAAGGUUAUGGAAGUUUAUGUGUUCGAGCAAUGGUAAAAAUUUUAGCUGCCAAUGAUUGUGAUACUUUUGCAUGCGUUAGUGAAGGUAACGAUGCCUCAUUUAAGUUAUUUAAAAGCUGUGGAUUUCAAUUUAUUGAUGUUUGCAAUUGGUUGAGAACUAAUCCUAUUAAAGCCUUGGAUACUGAUUGGGAGAAGGAAUACUCAAACAUGGGAACUUGCGAUGAACUACUGAAUAAGUGUCACUUAAUGAAACUCCAACCACCAAUGUGGCCAGAACUGCGUGAUUUAUAUUUAGAGAAUUGGCCCCAUAAUAUGGUUGGUUACUAUACUUUAGAUAACUUUAUAAGAUGGACACGUUUGAAAGGAACAAUUAGAAAUUUAACUAUUUAUGUAUUAGCUUUAAAUAAUCGUUCUAUUCCUGAAAGAACCAGUGGAUCAUUUAUUAUUAUUGAUCGGUAUCAACUGUUUCUUAAUUCACUUUACGGACAAGAUACUAAAUAUAUACGUAUGGCCUUACAUUUAUUAGAUUGGAGUCCCGGUUAUAAAGUGAGUACAUUUUUAGAUAGACAUAAACAAAUUGUGAAAGAUGUCAUUUCUGAAAAAAGUUUGACUUUGGAAUGGGGAAUUGAAAGUACUCCGAUAGCAUAUUUUCGUAAAGAAGCAGCUAAUAUUUUUGAAAUUAAUUGCCAAAAUGAUAUCAAUUUGAGGCCUUUGUCGCAAGUAGAUGCCGAAAAUAUUAAUAAAAUAUGGCCAAAUUUACAUUAUGGAUCGUUAUUUUUUAUUAAACGUAUAAUUGAGCUGAAUCCUAGUAUUGGGGCAUAUAAAACAAAUACGGAUGAAUUAGUAGCAUGGUGUUUACAGUUACAAUCUGGAGCAUUAGGAGUUUUACAAGUUAAAGAAGGUUAUAAAAGAAAAGGUUAUGGAAGUUUAGUUGUCCAAGCAAUGACAAAAAUUUUAGCUGCUAGAAAUAGUGAUACUUUUGCUUGUGUUGGUCAAAAUAAUCAAGCAUCACAUAAUACUUUUAAAAAAUGUGGUUUCGAAAUUAUUGAUGGUUGUAAUUGGUUACGAACUAAUCCCAUUAAACCAUUAAAUAUUAAUUGGGAAGAAGAAUAAAAUGAAAAAUUUUCUAAUGAUUUCAUCAAUAAAUAUUUUUAAGUUAUGGACAAUAUUAAAUCAUUUUGAUUUUUGUAUUACAUUAUCAUUAGAUUAAUAUCGACUGAAUGUAAAAUGAAGUUGCAGGCCUUUAUACUGUAUGUACGUUUUUUGAACCUAUAAGAUGAAAACACACUUAAUAUGCACAUUUUAUUACUAACAAAUUUAUUACGGGAAAACCUAAUGACCUAGAUUUUUAAAGUGUAUUGUAUACUGUGCAGAACAUUGGAACAAAAAAAAAUAUAUUAU